CCAUAUCAAAUUUAAUAUUUUAGUUGCUACGAGAAAAUUAUAAACUGUUAAAGAAAACGGCUUUUGUUCUGAAAGGCUCACCAGUGACGUAACUUCCGCUAGUCAGCCGCUAUCAGCAGAAACAUGAUGGCUGUGGAGAGCGAUGUUCAGUUGGAGAUCGAGGUGCUGCAGUCCAUUUACCUGGAGGAACUGCAGGUGGACCGGAAGCAGGACGGAGGCUGGGAGGUGAGUCUGGUUCUGCACCCGUCCACAGGACAGGACGCCGUCUCUCAGUUUGUGCGUCUCACCCUGACGCUGACCCUCGACCCGCAGUACCCAUGCUCCUCUCCAGUCAUCUCCAUCCACAACCCGCGCGGCCUGUCGGACGAUAAACUCAGCAGCGUGCAGACGUGUCUUCAGCUGGAGGCCGCGUCGUGUCUGGGUUCUCCGGUCUUAUAUCAGCUCAUCGAGAAAGCUAAAGAGAUCCUGACUGACAGCAACAUUCCUCAUGGAAACUGCGUGAUCUGUCUCUAUGACUUUAAGGAGGGGGAGGCCUUCACCAAGACCAGCUGCUACCACUAUUUCCACUCCCACUGCCUCGGCCGCUACGUCAGCCACUCGGAGGAGGAGCUCCAGCAGAGGGAGAAGGAGCUGGAGGAGGACAAGACCAGGGAGCGAACGGAGCACCAGGAGCUGACCGUGGUGUGUCCGGUGUGCAGAGAGGCUCUGACCUACGACCUCGACCUCCUCCUGUUGUCUCCCGCUCCUCAGCUGCCCGAGUUCCACGGCGAGACGUUUGGCUCCGACUUUCAGCGGAAGUGGGAGGGGCUUCAGAAGAUCCUGGAAAAGCAGAGGUCUAAAGGAGGCAUCAUUGACCCUGAGGUGGAGUCCAACCGCUUUCUGAUUCACAUCAACGAGGCUCCUCCUGCUGCUGAAGAUGGAGACCAGGAUGUCGAAGUUCCUCCAGAAGUCCCGAUGUCCUCCUCCAAUGAAACCUGUGUGCGAACGGAUCAGUUCACUCCUGGAAAGUCCCACUUCAGAGGAGUUCAGGGCCCGAGACGUCAGAACCAGACGAGGGGACCGAGGAGAGGAGGCCGGAGCAGACCGCAGCAUCCGAAAGCCGCCCCCAUCACGGAGCACCUGGACAAACUCUCCCUGGCGGCGGACUGCCCUGAAGCACCUUUGAAGACCAAACCUCAGCUCGGUUCUGGACACAGGGACCUGGACUUGGGUCGGUCCAGGACAGAGGAGAAAGAACCUGCAGCCGAACGGGAAGUGCAGGUUUCCUCCGACCAUCAGGAGGCGCUCCGAUCUGCCAUGGAAACCGACUGCUUAAAAGACGGCGCGGGCUCUGCCGGUGGCCGCGGCCAUCGCGGGAGGAGAAGGGGUCCUUACCGACCCAUCCCACACGCCGGGCCUCCUGGACCCGGGCGGCACCACUGGGACGGUCGAGCUCCGAGGAGCAGGGGCGGAGCCAAUAACCUGUACGGGAGUGGAGGCGGACACCGCCGAGGUCACGGCAGGGGGUUCCAGCAGAGGGUGGUGGAGAGGGGCAGGGAGGAGGUGCUAUGACACAGGGCAGCAGGAGGGUCAAACCGACGUGUGUGUGCCUCCAUCGUCAGUCUGCACAGAUGUCAACCCCGCAACCGAAGAGACGCUCCCCGGAAGCUCAGACUGUCCUCGUGUCCGCCACGCCCCUUCAUCCUCGCCAACAUCAGCUGCAGACAGCGGCUGCUUUACCCUGUGAUGCCAUAUGACCUGAAAGAGCUGCAAAUUAAAAAUCUUUGUGGAUAUGUUAA